GUAAGUACAGGUUCAUCAGCAGUUAGUGCUGACUGUGGGUCGUGAACAAGCUCUGAGCACUCAGUCAGCCUGCAGGUAGAACAAAAGGUUCCACUUCUGAUAUUGGAGAAAAUUUGGACAAAGAAUUAAAAUGGGACCCAAGUUCCAAGUCUUCAUUUUCAUUUGUUGCUUAUGCUUGAUUGAUCAGACAACAGGGAUGCGUGGAGGGAAGGAUAAAGACUCAAAACAGGGUGCAGGAAGAUGUAAAGGAUGGGAAAUCGAUCUCAGGAACAACCUCACUGAUCCAGGAAAUAUCUCAGAGUAUAUCAAUGACUUUUAUGAGAAUAUCAGCGAUCUGAGUCCAGGUUGUGUCCGGUCGUUCAGCCUUAAUGUCACACAUUCCAAUUUGGUGGAACUGAUGAAGCUUUUAAAUGCCAAAUAUGAUUACCUGAAUCCAGGUACCAGGAAGCAGAUUUAUAAAUGGGUUGAAGAUAUUUACACAAAAACACCAGGACCUGGAAUGGACAUCUGGAAACCCAAACCUCAUGAGAGAAAAUCAAAAAAUCCAGAUGAAAGUAACAACCCAGAAAAAGGGAAAGGGAAAGGCAAAAAAAAUUGGAUCACCCUUAAUGUUCUUAACAUACUUGGCCGUUUCAUUGUGCAAGCACCUACUUCUACUCUCGAGAGCAUUGCAAUGGGUAAAAAUAAUACGGUAUGCCAGCUCUUCAAGACUUCCUCUGACCUUUUGGACAGGCUGUUUGAUCUCACACCUGUGCAAGCUCGCAUAUUCUUAAAAGGACUUUAUAACUGUGUUGAUGUUGACACCAAGAGUGAAACAGUAAUUGCCAACCUUGGUCAGUUGGUAUGUUUUUACCCAACAAAACAAUUGAAAUCACUGAGUAUGAAAGCUAUCAAAGCUUUGCAGGACAAACUGCGCAACUGCACCAGGAAUACAAAGAAGAUCUAUCGAGCACUAGUAGAGGUUAUUGGUGUCAACAUUUCAAGUGCUGAAAAUCUAAAAGAACUGGGAGCUGCUGCGAUUGGACUUAAAAUCAGUCAAUUGUCCAACCUCAAGAAAGAGGUUGUUGUAGGUGCUAUUGAAGAACUGAAGAAUGUCAGAGGCUGGUCCAAAGGCCAAGCAAAGGUCUUUGUCAAAAAGUAUAUGGAAGCUGAAAAUGUCACCGCUGAAAAAUUGAAAAAACUGGGUUAUCUUACUUUUGGUUUUGGUGCCAAGACAUUCAGAAAGUUCAAAGCCCUGGAGCUUCUAACUGCUUUUACCAAUAAGGAGGUGUCAGAAUCCGUAUAUUUCAUGUUGCCAGUACAGAAGAAUCUUAUCGUGGAAAGGAUCUUGGAGUCAGUGGAAAUUGAUUCAGCUCUAGAAUUACUUCCAGAGACACUGGUGUCAGAAAUUCCAGUAAAGCAGCUACUAAAGGCCGGCAAGUUCAGUAAUUUAGAUUUCGUAAACAAGAACAGACCUUGGAAUAAGGGUCAGUCUGUUGUUGCCAUUGAUCGUGUUAAAGACCAACUCAAUGAUGUUAAAAAUAUCAGUAAAUUGAAGGCUGUGGUCAAAGGAAUUCCAUGUAGCCUCAUUAAUACACUGAAACCUGAUGUGGUGAAGGCACUGGCAAAUAACCCCCUUGUUUCCAGUAAUCAGAUUCGCUGUUUUUCGAUCAAAUUCUUUAAAGACAAGAAGACCAGCAAUUCAAAUUACUUCAGCAGGCUGACACAAGAAGACAUUGAUGAAUUCCUGAUCUCAUACAUGAUUUUUCAACCGGAGAUUAAGGAACUGAAGCUCAUUCCACGAGAUUUGUGCCCCAACAUGGUUGAGCUAAUAAGUCAGGCCAAUAUCACAAUGCUUCCCCGAAGUUCACCCAGACGUAAAGAACUUCUCGAUUACGCAAAAGAUUGCCUGAAUUUGACUGCAUCUGCAAUGACAGAGGAUGAAGGCAACAGCUUGGGUUCCCUCGUCUGUGCAUUUAGUCCAAAUGACAUCAACAAUUUAAACAACACUGUGUUCCUGGCGAUUGUUGAUCAACUUCGAGAAUGUGGACGAUUUGAUGAGGCAAAGAAAAUAGCUCUUAGACAGAAGAUCCUGUCAGCCUAUCCGCCUCUCAUAAAGUGGACAGUCGAUGAGCUCACGGAAUUACGUGGCCUAUUGGCAGUUCUCAUGUAUGAGGAUUUUAAAUCAAUCCCCAAUAAUGAUGACAUCCAAACAGCACUCUUGGAAAUCCUCUCCUCUUACAAGUCAACUAAGAAUUUUGUCCCUCCUGAUUUUGACAAUUCUCCAAAUGUCUCUGCACUUUAUCAAAAAGUCUUCAGUAUGCUGAACAAUGCUUCAGAAAAUAACAGGAGAAAACGGGCACCAGUUUGCUCAAAACGCCCCACUGAAGAGGACAUCGAAAGUCUUGGAGAAGCAAACAUUUUAUGGACUGUUGAACAGUUGAUGUGCAUUUCAGUCGAGGACUUCAUAAAUUCACUUGACACACUGACUCAGGUCGAAGGUUUUAACAUUGAUCAGCUGAAGGCAUUAAAAUCAAAAGCCUUGGAGUCUUUUAGCAAUAAAAUCUCAAAUGACCAGCUUGCCUCUCUAAGGAGGAUAACACUUGGCUUUGAUGAGAAUGAAGUAACGCAAUAUUUCACUGCACCCGAUAUUGAUACUAUUGGUGCAAUCUCGGACAACGAGGAAUGGGCCAGCACUGAGUAUUCCAGUCGAGCCAAGACUAUCGUGAAGAACUUUUUGGGUCAGCGAUCAGACAAUGAACUCAGUAGCGCAGAUCUUGUUGCUAUGGGUUAUUUCCUUUGUACCCGUAGCCCGAAUGAGAUCAAGAACAUUAGCAUGACAGCCUACAGCAAUGCUGCCCAGGAGAUUGGGGAAACAAUGUGUCCUAAUAUUGAGACUAUAACUGCUUUGAAGAAUAAAGCAGUGGAAACAUUUCCCAGUGUGGAUACCUGGACUGGCGCGGAGUUACAAGAGAUAGGGGUCGUAGCAGCUGGUCUAAGUGCAGAAGAAGUGUCCAAACUGAUGACAUCCGCAGUUUCAUUCUUGAAACCUGGAGCAGUCUCCAAGAUCCCCCCGAAAAUCUUUUCGGCCAUGACUAUGGAGCAACUAAGAAAUCUGGGACCACGAAACUAUGGGGCAGUUACUGAUGCACAGAAAGCAGCCUUGUCAAAGGAAAAGCUUCAAGCCUUGCAAGAAAAUGCAGGAUUUGAGCGAGCCAUCGAUAACACUGGCGCGAUCUUCUGGAACCCUGUGAUGAUACUGACCCUUCUGGUUCUCAGCUUGACAGCGACACUUCAUUAAACAGCAGAAUUGGGAAAAUCACUGAUGCCAAAAACGACACCAAGCAAAGCCAACAAAAAAAAUCUACCCAUUGAAAUUCAAGUUAAAAAUAAUGCAGUUGAAAACCGCUGUAAAUUCCUGCCCAUUUGCAUUACAGAGAUAAUUGACUAACCACAUAAAAUGCAAUUGGUAAAAAGAUAGAAUUUCUCACUAACUUUCCUAAAACUGAAAAUCUAAAUACAUUCUGUGAGUAACCUCUACUUCACAUAAAAUGCCAGUUAACUCAAAUAUUGCUACAAUAGGUGAUAGCCAGUUUGUCAAAGAAACGUGUUCAUUGUAAUUUAUAUCAUUUAAGACAUGAAGUGCAGGUUUUUUUAAAUCCCCCUCUAGUAAACAUUAACCAGACACUGUUACAGUGAAGCGAAUGGAAAGAACAUAAGAUCACUGCUGAUUUAACCUUUAGCCAGUGACAGAGAUCAUGUUAUGAAGCAGCUAACUGGCUGUAUAAAUCGUACUUUAUGUGAUCGCUGACAGUUUCCUUUGUUGCCUUUUCCAGCAGAUGUUACAACUGUGCUGGGUGUGUGAGGAUGAGCUGGAGCUGAAUGAGUGGGUGGGAGUAAGCUUUCUUUUAGGAUAUACAUGGAGAUAUUAAUGUCUAGUUUUCAUGAUGUCGGGAUAAUGAAUUUAAGACAGCCUCGAUGGUCUGCUGCCUUUCAUUUCCUGUGUGUUAUUUCUAAAUCCAUUUGAGAAUAUCCAUGGGAAGAUAGACAUUCUUUGUUAACACAAGAGAAUCAUAAAGUCAACAUUUUUAAAAUUUUAGCUCAGCAGGCACAUGAGAUGGGACGGUGAACUGCUUUGGUAUGCAUUCUUUAGUAAGAUGGUGGAAUAAAACUGAAGUUUGUCCUCAUAAAUUUAUUUUUUUGCAAUACAUUCUUUACAGUGGAGGUCUUUACCAAGACUACCUCUGAGCCAAAUCAUCAGAUUGGCCUCACUGUGAGAUCUGGUGAGGAGUCAGCAUAUGAGUAGAACUGACAAACUAUCCUGUGUAGGCUAGAGUGUGUUGCUGCCACUAGUAGUUCAUGUUGUCCAUAUUCAUGUCUCUGAUCUUUGGUUAGAUGUUAAUUCACUUUAAAUCAACAGAUUAACACAUCUACAAAAAUUGUGGACAAAAUAAAGGCAUAGAAAUGAAUUCAUCCUUCCAUUGUGCCAUCUUUAAAUUGCGGCAAAAUAAUGUUAAUAGAAGAGAAAAACUGGUGAAUUAUUUAGUCUUUGUGAUUUGGAGAUGCUGGGGAUGGACUGUUUGCACUACCACCUGAUGAAGGAGCAUCGCUCCGAAAGCUAGUGCUUCCAAUUAAACCUGUUGGACUAUAA